AUGCAGAACAACACCGGUGAGUUCAUGGACCUGUAUGUGCCGUGGAAAUGUUCUGAGAGCAACCACAUGGUUGGUGCCAAGGACCACGCGUCCAUCCAGAUGAAUGUGGCUGAGGUUGACAGGGUCACAGGUCUGUUUAAUGGCCAGUUUAAAACCUUAUCUAUCUGCAGGGCCAUUCGCAGGAUGGGCGAGUCAGAUGAUUCUCGUCUCCAAUUGGCUAAAGCUGAUGGAAUUGUCUCCAUAUGA